AUGGGAGCCGUAGUGAGCCGAGCUUUGAGGAACUUUAAUGUGGAGAGCAGAGCUCACCGGCUCAUCGGGAAGGACAAGCCCAGCCUUGCGCCCAGGCACCCGGGCACCAAGGAGCCAGUGACUGGCCUCCUCUCCAGUAACCCUGAAAUCCAGGAAAAAAUGAUCAAAAAGGAUGAUGAGCUUUUAUCACGAUUGAAGGAAGUUUAUGUCGACUCCACGGACCCUUUACCUGAGGUAAAUUGCAUCGAUCAGCCUGCAUCAGAGGAGUUCAGAGUUCCAAACCAGACAUUGAACAGUGCUUUUCUGAAUAUUGAUGCAGACUCCAUUCCAAAGGGUAAAAUUUCUAUUGUUGAGGCUAUGACCAUUCUUGGCAAUUACAAACAUUCUCCACAAACAUGGACUGCAGAGAGGAUAACAAAAGAAUACAGCUUAAAUAUUCAAGACACCAAGGCCCUGUUGGAACAUUUUAAACCUUUUGAAGUGAAGAUCAUUUCCCUAAAAAUUAAGGAACAGAUUGAGGACUUGUAA